AUGAGUGUGGUAAUUAGCGUCAGGUACAAGGUGAUCAGUCCCAUGUAUGCAGGUUUAUGGGAAUUUGAGUUCAGAUUGAGAGUUGAGCCUGGUGAAGCACUUGAUUCUCUGAGGAUUGUACUGUUGGGAGCCUCUGGAGCUGGUAAGAGUUCAAUAGGAAAUGCAAUACUGGGACGAGAAGCAUUUAAAGAGAGCAGUACCAGGGAGAGUGAGAAACAGAGAGGAAGAGUAGAAGACAGAAACAUCUCCAUCAUCGACACUCCAGGAUUCUUCAACACUCAUAUGACUGAUGAAGUGCUGCAGAAUGAAAUGACGAGAAGUAUGCACCACUGUUAUCCUGGUCCUCAUGUGUUCCUACUUAUCAUCAAUCUGGAGACCUUAAAAGAAGAUGAGCAGUGUAACCUUGUGGAGAAAAUCCAGGAGAACUUUGGAGAAGAAGCUUUACUGUUCACUAUGGUUCUGUUUAUCGGACGGGACAAAUUAUCCAAAACAGACUUUAUUAAAAUCACUGAGAGUGAAAAUGUUAAAGAGCUACUAGACUACGUUGUGCAAGGAUAUCAUGUGAUAAACAGUAAAGAUGAAUGUGAUUCCUUUCAGAUCAAAAUGCUAUUGAAUAGAAUUGAUGAAAUGGUGAAGAACAAUGAAAAACUGUGCUACUUCAGUGAGAUAUACCUGAGGAAAAGACAGCUACAGACAGAGGUGCAAGAGCAGAAGAGAGAAAUUAAUCCAGAGGGAGAAAUAAAAAACAAGCCCACAGAAGACAUUGAGAGAAAUCAAGAGAAUGUGAGUGAGGAUGGGGAAGGAUUUAACCUACAAAGAAAUGUACAAGAAGCUGAAGUCCAGGAAAAUCUCCAGACACAGAUGAAAAUGGAGGAACUAAUACAGGAGAUGGCUAAAGAAAGACUAUAA